UAGAAAUGGAAGGAAAACGCCAAAAUCGGAUACAGGAGGCAGCAAUACCAGAAAAGGGGACAAUUCGCAGAAUAGUUGAGGUGCUGGAGGAGACUUCGCUCCCUACAUGGACUUCGUGCCGGGCGCGUCCUCGCAAAGAAACAGAACCACCAACGAUCUCCGACGACCUGUCCAUUAGGACUGCGGAUAUCACCGCCACUAGCUACUUGGCAGCUUAUGCGGAGCUGGAGGACGAGCUGGCUUCUAUAGAGAGGAGGAAAAUAGGGCGCCCGCUAAGGAUCAGUUGGGGAAGCCAUAGCCAGCCAUUGCCAGAAUGCUGGGCGACUUUCUGCAGCAUCAGCGGAUCAACCCCGCUCUCAAUCCAGCUCCCACUUCCUUAAGGUCUAAUAUGCCCAUUGGGUCUUGGAGCUGGACUGCGGUGGCGCGGGAAAGAUGGCAAAGCAUCCGUGGGACGAGAAAGAAGCUUUAAACUACUAAUUUACAUAAAUAAAAACAUU